CAUAUCAAACUGUAUAUUUUUUAGCCCAGAAUAUGUGUUUGAUGUGAAUCGCUUAUCGAUUGUAAACAUGGCAUUGAAAGAAGCAAUCACCAGAGGGAGGCAAGUCUUAAAAAAUUCCAUCAUACUAGCGCGGGAAUUUCAUUAUUGUGAGUAUUCCUUUUCUAAGAAGAUCAUGCCUGCCCAAGAUAAAAUGGUUUUGAAAUUUUCAAAGUUAUCUUCAAACGCACAAGCUCCAACUAAAGGCUCGACUCAUGCUGCAGGCUAUGAUUUGUAUAGUGCCUAUGAAUAUGUAAUUCCUCCAGCGGGUAAGGCUGUUGUAAUGACUGAUAUUCAAAUUGCUGUGCCAGAAGGAUGCUAUGGACGAAUAGCACCACGGUCAGGAUUGGCAGCAAAACACUUCAUUGAUGUUGGAGCUGGUGUCAUUGAUUAUGAUUACAGAGGCAAUGUCGGUGUUGUGCUAUUUAACUUUGGAGAGAAAGAAUUCAAAGUAAACAAAGGUGAUAGGAUUGCUCAACUGAUAUGCGAAAAAAUCAUCUACCCUGAUCUAAAAGAAUUACAGACCCUUGAUGAUACUGUAAGAGGAGAUGGUGGUUUUGGAUCUUCAGGAAGAAACUGAUUUUGUAGUCAGCAUUUGCUAGUGACUUUGGUUAAUGGAAACUAAACCUGGUUAAUUCUACAGCACACACAUCUUAAACACAAGAAGCAGGUUUUUCAAUUUCAGAAAUUCAAUUGAAAUGUUUGUUGAUGUAAUAAAAGUUCGAAAAAUCCCUUUAGCCUGUGUAUAAAUUACAGACAUUUCUCACCAUCAAAAGGAUUAGAUAUAAAGAUGAAUUCAUUAUAAGUGUUUUAUUUCAUGAUACAUUUAUAACUGGAGAAUAUGGAUAUCAUACUGUUGCAUUUAAUUUGGAACUCAGUUGUGAUGUUUAAUUUUUGACUGUAAUAGUAAAAUAAAAUAUCAAAAACUGGUAUAUAGUUUACAUUAAAAAACUGGUGUUAUAUCAAUACUAAAAACUGGACUGUGAGGCAUCAUAUUUUAACUUGAAAAUUAAAUAGAGAAUUUAAGUUUGUAAUGUUUUUCUACUUUUGUUCAGUCAGCUACUUUGAAUGUUCAUAUAAAAUAAUCAUACAUGAUAUGCCAAACAUUAAUAACUUGUGUAAAGAAUUUUAACUUGAUACAGCAGUAGGCUUAAGUACAGUUACAAGAGAUUGUCAAACAUGUAUCAUUGUGGUCUUAACAUAAUAGUCAUUUCCAAACAGACUGAACAUGUCUUCCCACCUAUGGUAAGUAAGUAAAAUGGAUAUGUAAAUUUUGAUUACUCUGUUAUUUAUGAACAUUUAACAUAUACUUUUAUAAUAUUUCAUCUUUGUUUCAGUAAAGCAUUUCUAUCUCAGGUUAAUAUUUUAAGACCAGAAUUUGAAGUUGUAUUUUCUUUGGUCUUAUGAAGACAUUAAACUUUAUUUUUUCUGUUUAAGAAUUCACUUUUGAUUAAAUAUACAGAAAAUUACAAUUUUGUGUAUUUUGUUUUAUAGCGUAUGAUCAGUCAUAAUUUUUGUGGAGGACUGAAUAUGGUGUAAGAUUUCUUUUUUCCGUGUCAUAACAUUUAAAGUUAAUAUUUAAUAACAAUUAUUAUUCAGUAGAACGUUUACUGUGUUUGUAUUUUUUGGUGUAUAUAUUUUAAAGUGUAUCUUUGUAUUUGAAUUACUUUGCAAAAGUUACCUAGAUGUGUAUGUCAGGGUUAUAGUCUCUGCACUUUAUUUGGUUUUAAUAAUUUUUAAGAAAGAAAUCCUCAUAGUAAUAUUGCUUUUAAACACCUUCAUUAAAUGAAUGGUUAAAGAAGGGUGUAUUGUUUCCCAAGUAAAAAAAGUUUUUAUGUUAUGUUCAGCAGUAGUUAAGGUAGUGUGUAAAUUUCUUUACAUUUAGUUU